AUGAAGUUCGGUGAUCAUAUUAAUGAGUCUGCAGUACCUGAGUGGAGCGAUAAGUACAUAAACUACAAGCUUGGCAAAAAGAAGUUGAAACAGUAUGCCAAAAGACUGGAGGAAGAGGCCAAUGAGGAGGAAUUUACUCUGUAUGGAAAUGCAUCGGGACCGGUGUUUUAUAACGGGACAAAUGAUGAGAGUGCGAUCAGCGAUGAGUCGGAGUUGAGACAAGUGAAUACGCAAUACGGACGCCAAGAUAAAGUGUACACGUCGUUGCAGGAAACCUUUAAAACAGAUUUUGUGACCAACUGGUUGAUAGGUAGCGAACUUGCGAAAUGCGAUGAGUUUUAUCUGUGGCUACUGGAGAAGUCAAGAAAGAAGUAUUCCGUGCUUAAGGAACAGCUAAGGAUCUACCACCUACAUGAAAACCACGAAUCGUUUCUAGAUGGCGAACCGAUAAUCGCGCAGCAAAAUGGCUCAAGUGGCUCUUAUGGAUCUAUCAAAAAUUUUCCAAAGAAUCCAAAGAUUAUGGGGUUUACCAGAAGAUUAAAGAAGAUAUUGAGCUCGAAUGACCUUUUGCCAUCGUGGCCAACGGGGCUUUCAAACAUCAAGGGCAAUUUGAAAAGCUCACAUACCGGUACAGAGACAUUCGGGGGAAUUGCAAUGGCUGUGACAGUCCAUCAGGCCGAAAGAAUGUUAAGUGAGGCAUUGCUUGAGUUUUAUCAAUAUUUGCAACUAGUUAAAACCUACAGAGAUCUUAAUGUAACGGGAUUUCGUAAAAUGGUGAAAAAGUUCGAUAAGGCCUGCCAUACAUCAGAAGUUUCCGAGUUUAUGGACUAUGCAAGAGAUACAUCACCCCUUUUCAAGCAUGUUGAUGCUAAUAUUCAACUGUUAGCUCAAAGAAUGAAACAAACCGGGACAGCACAAGCAUCUGCCAAGCUUAAAGCUAUCAAUGAAGACGACGAUCCCAUCAUGUGGUGGGAAACUAAAAUUACUGAAUGGUAUACAAAAGAUUUAACAAAUUCUGAUAGUGCACAGAAGAGGCAUAAUCAAAGAUUGAAAAAACUUUCGAUUCAAUAUACUCUUAAUGAACAAAUGAUUCAUAGGAAUAACAGAGCAAUCGCUCAAAUGUUUUUUUCAGGUAUUGGUUUAGGUACAUCUGGAGCAUUCAUUUGUUAUACUUUAUACCUUGCAUUUUUUUCCAAGUUUAAUUCGGUUUUGCAUCAAAUAUUAUUCCCACUAUGGAGUGGUUGGUACAUGGUUUUAUUGGCAGCUUUAUUAUUCUUGGGCAAUUGUUUUAUUUGGCAUCGAACUGGUAUCAACUAUAGAUUCAUUAUGUUGGGUGAAAUGCAUGCAAAAAAUGGGACACAAUUGUUUAAUAAUGAUUUUGCUACAAGUGCAAUAUCUUUAAGGUUGUAUUUUUUAACGUUUUUCGUCAUUGCUUGCUCAGUCUGUGCUCUCAUGAGUUUUCAUUGGUGUGUUUUAGAGCCUUACGGACUUGUUUACCUUGGAAUUGUGCUGUUUCUCUUCUUUUGCCCUAACAGAGUGUUUCCAUACUUCGAUAAGAUGGUAGAUUCAAGGAUAUGGCUUGUUAAAACGGCUAUACGUCUAAUGCUAUCGGGCCUAUAUCCAGUGGAGUUUGGUGAUUUCUUCUUGGGUGACAUUAUAUGUUCGCUGACAUAUUCAAUGUCUGACAUUGCUAUGUUUUUCUGUGUUUGCUCAUCAACUCCUAACUCUCUAUGUGGCUCUUCAAAAUCCAAAGCCUUUGGUGUACUAUCCUGUUUACCAAAUUACUGGAGAAUGAUGCAAUGCUUCAGAAGAUUUGGUGAUUCUGGCGAUUGGUUUCCUCAUUUACUCAACGCUAUCAAAUAUUUAAUUGGUGUCGGAUAUUAUGCAUCCUUGGCGGCAUAUAGAAUCUCUGGAAACAUUGAUUCCACAAGAACUCCUUUCAUUAUUAUUUCUACUACCAAUGCUGCAAUAACUGCAGCGUGGGAUAUUUGCAUAGACUGGUCUCUUUUUCAGCCAUCUUCUAAAAAUUGGCUUUUAAGAGAUGAUCUCUAUCUAGCUGGUAAGCGCAAUUGGAAAACAGGCCAAUAUGCCUUUGGUAGGGUUCUCUUUUACUAUUUUGCUAUGGUUUGGGAUGUUUUAAUUAGGUUUCAGUGGAUUGUAUACGCGCUGGCGCCACAGACGAUUCAGCAAAGCGCAAUUACCUCGUUUGUUUUGGCAGUCACAGAAAUUCUGAGGAGAUUCGUAUGGGUGAUUCUUCGUGUAGAAAACGAGCAUGUAGCCAAUGUGCACUUGUUCAAAGUCACAGGAGAAUCACCUUUACCAUAUCCAGUUAGUGAAAAGAGCGAUAUGGUUACUGCUGAUAAACGCAACGUCAGCAGUUCCUCUCUUUCGCUAUAUCAUGGAAACCUGGAGGAGCCUUCCACCGCUUUCAAGUCUUACCUGCGCAGAAACUCAAGUGCACUGUUCACGCUCGCAAAAUCAGUUCCAUGGGCUCAUACAACAGAUUUUCAACGUCCGCGUUUGUUCUCAUUCGGUGCGAAUGCAGUGCACGAUAGUGAAAGUGACAGUGAAACAGAAAGUGUUAACUAG